GUCACGCUCUUGCAGAACUCGCCUAUCGCGGUGGCGAGGCUGAGCUGCUGGGUCUACCGCCCGGGAGCGCGCUCUCCACUGCCCUGGUGACAGGCACGGAAGUCACGUGACUGGCUGGAACCGGCUGACGGGAGAGGGCGGAGCAGGCUGCGCUGUACCGGAGGCAAACUCCACCACGUCCCCAGUGUACGGAGCGGCCGGCGCCCUGAUCCGCGUCUGCAGAGGAGGCCGGGCCCGGGAUGGCGCAGUGCCUGCUCUCCGUCCAUGAGUUCCUCCAGGACUCGUUCAUCCCGCAGGUGGCGGCCCUGUGCAGCGAUGAGGCCGAGAGACUCGCCCGGAAAAACCAGUUGUCCUUCUGCGAGCUGGUCCGGCCCUUCUGCCGCCUCAGCAGUGAGGUGCACAUGCGGGAUCCCAACAACCAACUCCAUGUGAUAAAAAACCUGAAGAUCGCCGUUAACAGCAUUAAUACUCAGCCACCUCUACAAGCAGCAAUCCGUAAGCUCCUGAACGAUGUUGUCGCCUCCAAUCAACCUGCUGAAGGGUUAGUCCCCAAUGUGAUCACUGCCGGGGAUUACGACCUGAACAUCAGUGAUCGCUCUAUUAAAGCUAGUGUCCCUUGGUACAAUAAAUGGAAAGAAACAUUGACGGAACUGAACGAGUCCAAGUUUUAUUCAGCCACGACCCCUUGGUUUGAGUCGUACCGGGAGAGUUUUUUCCAGUGUAUGCCAGCCUCAGAUCAUGAGUUCUUAAACCACUUCUUGGCAUGCAUGCUGGUUGUUUCUUCACAUGAACCCGAACCUGUGGAACAGUUUUUAAAGUUGUCACAAGAGCAACAUCGAAUUCAACACAGCAAUGACUAUGCCUAUCCCAAAUGGUUUACACCAAACACUUUAAAGUAUUAUGUGCUACUUCAUGAUGUCAGUGGUGGGGAGGAAAAAAGGGCUGAUUCAAUUUAUGAAGAAAUGAUACAGCGCUAUGGGACUCAGGGAUGCUACUUACUCAAAAUAAAUUCUAGAACAUCCAGUAAAGGGGCUGAUGAACAGAUCCCUGAUCCCUGGAGUCAGUACAUUCAAAAAAACAUCAUUCACUGUCAGGAUUCUUAUGAAGAUGGUUAUAAUCCUGCUGUACAAACUAGAAGUUCUGACCAUAUUGUACCUGUUGAUGGGCUGGAAAAUUAUGACAAAGAGGCUUUGUCAAACAGUUUCAAGACACACCCACUUGACCAGCUUACUGAUGCUGGUGGUAGUUUUGAUGGACUCGAUAAUGGAAGACCACCAGGUACCAUAACUGAAACAAAGAAAGCAACAAUGGGAGCGCUCCAUGGCAGUUGUUUGGCGCUUACUGACCAUGAUCGCAUUAGGCAAUUUGUGCAAGAAUUCACCUUCCGAGGACUUAUACCACAUGUAGAAAAGACAAUAAGACAGCUGAAUGAUCAGUUAAUAUCCAGAAAGGGGCUGAGUCGGUCAUUGCUUUCUGCGACAAAAAAGUGGUUUACUGGUGGUAAAGUACCAGAGAAAAGCGUUAAUGAGUUAAAGAAUACCUCAGGAUUAUUGUAUCCACCAGAGGCACCAGAGCUUCAGAUUAGGAAAAUGGCUGAUCUGUGUUUUUUGGUGCAGCAUUAUGAUUUGGCAUACAGUUGUUAUCACACUGCAAAAAAGGACUUUCUCAAUGACCAAGCAAUGCUUUAUGCUGCAGGGGCACUGGAAAUGGCUGCGGUAUCUGCUUUUCUGCAACCUGGUGCUCCCAGGCCGUAUCCAGCCCACUACAUGGACACUGCUAUACAGACAUACAGGGAUAUAUGCAAGAAUAUGGUUCUGGCAGAAAGGUGUGUCCUCUUGAGUGCUGAAAUAUUAAAAAGUCAGGGUAAAUAUUCAGAAUCUGCUGGCCUUUUGAUCCGUCUUACAAGCGAGGAUUCAGAUCUCCGGAGUGCACUUCUUCUUGAGCAAGCUGCCCACUGCUUUAUCAACAUGAAGAGUCCUAUGGUGCGGAAGUUUGCUUUCCACAUGAUACUGGCAGGCCAUCGUUUUAGUAAAGCAGGUCAGAAAAAACAUGCCCUAAGAUGUUAUUGCCAGGCAAUGCAAGUGUACAAAGGAAAAGGCUGGUCACUAGCAGAAGACCACAUUAACUUUACUAUUGGCCGUCAGUCUGUUACUUUGCGGCAGCUGGACAAUGCUGUAUCGGCUUUCAGGCAUAUAUUGAUCAAUGACAGCAAACAACCAGCGUCACAACAAGGAACAUUUCUCCGAGAGUAUCUCUAUGUUUAUAAGAAUGUGUGUCAGCAGUCUCCAGAUAGUCCCAUUCCUCAGCUACCGUUACCAUAUAUCAAUAGUUCCGAGACCCGCGUCUUUUUUGGUCAUGAUAGACGGCCAGCUGAAGGUGAGAAACAAGCAGCGACCCAUGUCAGUCUUGACCAAGAGUAUGAUGGCGACUCUUCUCAACAGUGGCGGGAGCUUGAAGAGCAAGUGGUAGCAGUAGUUAAUAGAGGCAUCCUUCCCGUUACCUUUCAGCCAACUCAGUAUUGUUUAAGCAAAAAUUCAGAUAAUUCCAAAUUUCCUCUUGCUGUUGUACAAGAACCAAUAACCGUAGAGGUGUCCUUUAAAAACCCACUGAAGGUCCCACUCUUAUUGACAGACGUAUCCCUCCUGUGGAAAUUUCAGCCCAAAGAUUUUAAUCAAAAUCAAGAUGAAGAACUAAAGGAACCAAUCAGCAAUGAAAAGGAUCUACUAUCAAAGGGGAAAAGUUUUAGUGAUGUAAUAGGCACAGAAGAGAUCAGCGAGUUUUUAAUCAACAAUGAGGAAACAAAAAUUGCAAGGUUAAAGCUACUUCCGCAGCAAACUGGGGAGUUGCACAUUCUUGGUAUAGUCUAUAAUCUGAGCACAAUUCAGAGUGCUAACAACCUUGAUGGCGUCACCCCACCCAAUAAUGUACCAACAGGGAAAUUCAUAUCUAAUGGAAUGUCUGUCAGAGGACGGCAGGAUCUGGAGAUUCAAGGCCCUCGACUUAAUGGUACAAAAGAGGAAAAAACAUCUAUUCAGUAUGGACCUGACCGCCGGUUAGACCCAAUCAUCGCCCCACAAAUGCCUUUGCUAGAGGUGUUCUUCAUAAACUUUCCCACUGGACUGUUAUGUGGAGAAAUCCGAAAAGCUCAUGUUGAAUUUGUGAAUGUUAGCAAAAGCCCACUGAGAGGACUCAAAGUGGUGUCCAAGAGACCGGAAUUCUUUACAUUUGGCAGCAAUACAGCAGCACUGACACCACUAAGUCCUGCAGCAUCAAUGAACUGCAGCGCCUAUAAAACGGUUGUUACGGAUUCUACCUCUGGGUGCUCUGUGUUGACUUCAUCUGUUACUCCAGUAGACUUUGGUUUUGGUGGUGGAAGCCAGCCGGAGGUUGUAGAUAUUCCACUUACAGACUCUGUGUUAGCUCCAGGUGCAUCAGUGCAGCUUCCACUUUGGCUACGAGGACCUGAUGAAGAAGGAGUCCAUGAGAUAAACUUUUUGUUCUACUAUGAAAGCACAGAAAAGCAGUCAAGGAUGCGCCACAGAGUGUUGAGACAUACUGCAGUUAUAUGUACCAGCAAGUCCUUGAAUGUCCGGGCCACUGUCUCCAGAAGCAACGCACUAGAAGAUGAGGAGAGCAAAGGAGGAAACAUGCUUGUAUUUGUGGAUGUAGAAAACAUGAACACUAGUGAAGCAGGUGUUAAAGAAUUCCAUAUAGUACAAGUUUCCAGCAGUAGUAGAAAUUGGAAGCUGCAGAAGUCUGUCAAUCCCACGGCUGAUAAAGACACUAAACUGACCAGCAGAGAGAGAGCCAAAAUGUGCUUCAAAGUGAUUCGGUGCAAGCAAUCCUCCUUAGGUGCUGAACAGUCAUGGGACAAAUACACUUUUGGCGACAUUGUUUUUGGAGGUGAACAGAUAAUAAGUUCGACCACUCCCUGUGCAGAUUUUUUUUUCCGAAGUUGCUUAUCGCAGUUUAAGAAAAAACAACUUCAUACAAGUGGAUCAGCAAAAUCCUCACCCGAUGUGGCAGUACGGUUGAUACAGAAGUGCAGUGAAGUAAAUCUUAAUAUAAUUGUGUUGUGGAAGGCAUAUGUGGUAGAAGAUAACAAACAGCUCAUUUUAGAAGGCCAGCAUCACGUGACGCUGCACACAAUUGGAACAGAAGCAUUUUCUUUUCCACAAAAGCAGGAGCAGCCAGAAAUGGUUCUUCUUAAAUUUAGUAGACCAGAACAAAUGACUGUACCUGUUAGACCAUCAUCAGAACAGCUCUCCAAUCUGAUAAAGACAAGCCUUCACUACCCCGAAUCAUUUAAUCACCCAUUCCAUCAGAAAAGUCUAUGUAUAGUUCCGGUUACUCUUGUGCUCUCCAAUAGUUCUCAGGCAGAUGUUGAAGUAAUAAUCGAUCUAAGACAUAAGACAACAGGUCCUGAAGCUUUAGAAAUCCAUGGCUCUUUUACUUGGCUGGGGCAGACUCAGUACAAACUCCAGCUGAAAAGCCACGAAGUAUUUAGCCUGAAACUGAACGCUUGUUUUGUCCACACGGGAAUCUAUAAUCUUGGGACUCCACGAGUGUUUGCUAAACUGGCUGACCAAGUCACGCUAUUCGAGACCAGUCAGCAGAGCGCCAUGCCAGCACUGAUAGUCAUCAGUAACAUGUGACUGCUUCACUCCCAUCCCAUGAGCAAUGGAUGAAAGAAAUUGUCUUACCAGAUGUCUGGAGUGUUUAACACCUUCCUAUUCUUAUGACGCUCUGAGAGAUUCCAGUAGGAAACAUUUAGACUGUUCGACUAUUAAUAUUCCCUUAUGCAAGACAUUUGGAACUGACUGAUUCACCUACCUGCUCUGUAAAUAAAAUUCAGUUAAUUUUACCAAGAAAUAAAAAAAAAAAUAUUUUCUCAUAGUCAAUCGAAAUGUUCCUGUUUUGGGUUAAACGUGUUUCCGAAGAAUCCCUCCUGUCUAGAAGCCCAUUCAUGUAAGGUGUUGCUGUCAUUUGCACUUUUGGUCUUCAUGGCUGUUCUUUUUCCCAGAUGUAGUUAGAUUUGUUUUAGGGGUGUUUCAUUAUUUUUAAGACACGUGUGUAGACUAAAAGCAAAAUGAUAAUGUUUAUUUUGCUUCCUAUUUGUAACAACUUGACUCAUCUCAGUAAAGAAUGCACUAUUUUACACAACCAUAACAUCGUCAAAGUCAUGAUUCACUUUAUUGUGUAACUUUACCAAUUAAAAAUUGCCUCAGUAUGAUAAAAGUAUGCUUUUCAAUAGAGGAUGAUGUAUUAUAUUUAUAACAAAUGUAUUGUACAUAGAAUAAAACAUAUGCCAUAUUUGCUGUUUUAAAGACUUUCCUUGCAUAUAAUAGGCUGUACGAAAGGCCAUAAUAUAUACGACUUGUUGCUUAAUUAACAGUAUAAGAUAAUGUACAUAAUACAUUAAAAGUUUUAACAAUUACAUGA